CUCUGUGAAGAUUCCAGGACUGUAUCAAUCAACCUACAUAGUUUUCCUGCACCCUCAUAGUAGCACUGAUGCCUCUGCUCUGUCACCAGACUCAACUACUCUCUCUCUGAGGCCAACCUGCCUGACUUCUCUUCCCUUGGUUCCAGUGAAAUAGUUUAUGAUCUUUAACCAGGAGCCUCCAGCCAUCUCCAACCCUUCCAACUGAGGAGUCUUCCCUCAUACUACCUGAGGAGACUCAGACAUGGCGAUAGACCCUGCGGCAGAGCUGCCUUUCUUCUACGGCAGCAUCAGUCGUUCGGAGGCUGAGGAGCACCUGAAGUUGGCAGGCAUGGCCGACGGGCUGUUCCUGCUGCGCCAGUGUUUGCGGAGCCUGGGUGGCUACGUGGUCUCCCUGGUUUGGAACUUGGAGUUCCACCACUACUCUGUGGAGAAGCAGCUCAACAGCACCUACUGUAUUGCAGGUGGCAAGCCCCACUGUGGGCCAGCGGAGCUCUGUGAGUUUUACAGUAAGGAUUCAGAUGGCCUGGUGUGCACCCUGAGGAAGCCCUGUCUGCGCUCCCCAGACAACCCCAUCAGAGCAGGCGUCUUUGAUAACCUGAGGGACAACAUGCUGAGGGAGUACGUACGACAGACCUGGAACCUGGAGGGGGAGGCCAUGGAGCAGGCCAUCAUCAGCCAGGCCCCACAGCUGGAGAAGCUGAUCGCCACCACCGCCCAUGAGAGGAUGCCCUGGUACCACGGCAAGAUCCCUCGCCAGGAGGGAGAGAGGCGACUCUACUCUGGGGCACAGCCAGAUGGAAAGUUCCUAGUCAGAGACAGGGAAGAGUCCGGCACCUUUGCCCUUUCUUUGAUGUACGGAAAAACGGCCUACCAUUACCAGAUCCUACAUGACAAAUCAGGGAAGUACUCCAUGCCAGAGGGAACCAAAUUUGACACUGUGUGGCAGCUGGUUGAGUAUCUGAAAAUGAAACCUGAUGGGCUAGUGACAGUUCUGAGGGAACCGUGUGUGAACCGCAACAACACCAAACAGACUCCUGUUGUGCCCUCAGGGAGGCGGCCCAGAGCAAAUGGAUACACACCGCCACCUGGAGUACCUCUGGGGGGCUCCACGGAAGUCAAUACUUUGCCCCCCACAGACCGUCAGAUGCUGCCCAUGGACUGCAGUGAAUUUGUCAACCCUUACCAUGACCCCAAUGACCUGAAGAAGUUCUUCAUCAAUAGGGAUCAGCUGAUGAUGGACGAGGUGGAGCUCGGCUCGGGAAACUUUGGCUGUGUCAAGAAAGGAGUCUUCAAGACAAAGAACGGCCACACUGAUGUGGCCAUCAAGGUGCUGAAGAAUGAGAAUGAGAAGCUGGUGAAAGAUGAGAUGAUGAGGGAGGCGGAGAUCAUGCACCAGCUGAGUAACCCUUACAUCGUCCGCAUGCUGGGGCUCUGCCAGGCUGAGUGCCUGAUGCUGGUGAUGGAGAUGGCUUCUGCUGGGCCACUCAACAAGUUCCUCUCCACCAAUAAGGAGAAGGUCACAGUGGAGAACAUUGUGGGGCUGAUGCACCAGGUGUCUAUGGGAAUGAAGUACCUGGAGGAGAAAAACUUUGUGCACAGAGACCUGGCAGCUCGCAACGUCCUGCUAGUCAACCAACAGUUUGCCAAGAUCAGUGACUUUGGUCUGUCCAAGGCUUUGGGUGCUGAUGACAACUAUUACAAGGCACGCACAGCAGGUAAAUGGCCGCUGAAGUGGUAUGCUCCAGAAUGCAUGAACUUCCACAAGUUCUCCAGCAAGAGUGAUGUCUGGAGCUUUGGUGUCACCAUGUGGGAAGCCUUUUCUUACGGAGGAAAACCAUACAAGAAAAUGAAAGGUCCGGAGGUGAUCAGUUUCAUUGCCAGUGGGAGCCGGAUGGAAUGUCCAUCUGGAUGUCCAGAUAGAAUGUAUGCACUGAUGAAGGACUGCUGGACAUACAAACACGAGGACCGGCCAGGCUUUGUGAAGGUGGAGGAGCGCAUGCGAGUCUUUUAUUACUCCAUAUCCAACAAAUCUCUGCCUGAGGUGACCGCAGAUGCUGCUGGGCCUCUCAAGUAGACCAGGGACAACAGACACUCUGUCCCCACGCCACACAAUGCAUUCUUUGAGAUAGACAAAGAGCUUCUUAUGAACUAGUCUGGGCACUAGCUGAUAGCUUCAGCAACAGGCAGUUACAGUAAACAGCUAAACAAGCCUUAUUGAAGCAAAUGUGAGUUUGUAAUUAAAGUCAUUAAUGUGAGGAUGCUUCUGAAAGGUAGCUCAAGACUGCAUCAUCUGAGGUUUGGAAUGGUUUGAAAGAAACGCUUCACAAAUAAUUUUGCAUGGUAAAACUGCAAAAUUGCAUUUAGAAAGUGUCAUGAUUCCCUGAGAGUACUUAUACUAUAGGUCUAGUGUGAAUUUUGUUUAUAUUUAAGUGCUUCAGCUCUGUAUACAUUCCUUAAUAUGUCAUGAAUAAACAUUUCACAGAA